AUGCUGGGGAUAUCGCUUCUCCUGCGCGACGACCUCAGGCGCGAAGGCCCAGGGUAUUGCAAAGUUGAACGUGCAGGUAGAAGCUUUCCCCUUCCAGUUCCCGAGGCAGCCCCAGGCCGUGAUGAGUACAAUGGCGUGGUGGUUCUCGUCGUGCAGCACGACGAUGAACAGGCGGUGAGAGCGAUCGAAACCCAGUUUAUGGGUAGAAAAUUCCCAAACAAGAUGACUUGGGACGUUGGCCAGGUUGGGGUUUAUCAGCCACCAGAGGAAAUUGUGUCACAACGACCAGACAGUGACCCACUCGACAUAUGGUCGUGCCUGAGGCUCCGUGGCCUCGGUGGUCGCCUCGGAAGAUAUGAAGGGGGUUUAGCAGCCGUCAAUGAUGAUCGAAUCACGAGAGACACAAAGAGCGAGACAACGGUAGGAACCUGGAUUUGUCACAAGGACAUCCUUGUCUUUCGGGCUGAGGACCGUCAUGUGCGCGAUUUUGCCUCACGUCUGAAGGAUUUUUUCAACAGACGUCACUCAGAAUUACUCUUCGACGCUCUGAAAACACAACCACUGUUUAUCUACGUAGCAUUGACAACGCUUGCCAACAUUCAAAAACUCAACGGAGACCCAAGAAACCUGAGCUACCCGCUGUGGGCCACGACACAUGCCCUUUCAGAGGAACUGAAGACUCUCCAGAAAGAUCUGAACGAUUUUGAAACCAAGUAUCAAAUUCUUUCUGAAAGAUUCAAAGCAGCAUUGGAAUUGGAGUUCAGUCUUUCUGGCGAAAGACUGAACUGGAUCAUGAUGUUGUUCACAGCACUUACCGUACUCUUCACUCCUAUUGCAUUUGUAGCAGCUGUGUUCAGUAUUGUCGACUCAGACCCUGUUUGGUUUCUCAUAUCUGCAUCUGCAGUUUUGUGCAUCAGCAUCGCCAUCUGUCUCUGGGCAUUCUCAUCUAUCCAGGCAUUAGGACAUAGAAAGUCGCAGGAUGAUCUGAGAGAUUUCUUGCACAAGUUACCAUACCAGGGCUCUGGAUAUAGGCGGCCAAAGGGACCAGAUGAUGACAGCCCUCCACAUGAUCCAGUACCAAAGCCCCCAGGGCCUCAUAUGUACACAAAACCGAUCGAAAUUCGAAUGUCUGGUCACGGAUACGGGCAUGGACCUUCAUCUAGUCAACCUCCUCGCCCCCCUUCGCCACCUGGUCGACCGCCAGUCACCACCCACAGGCUUCCGGUGAGGAACAGUCCAUACGGAGAAUAUGGCGCAUACGGCGACUACGGCGAAUACGGCGACGAAGUACCACCGCCAAUGCCACACAUGGAGUAUGGAGAAGAAUACCGGGUCCCUCCUUUCCGGCGACGGCGACCCGCAGCCGCGUUUGUCGUGCCGCCACGGCCGAGCGUACCAAUAGUGCGCGUGUCCUCGGGCCCUUCGCACGCGUCAGGAGACUACUUCUCAGACGAGGAAGUUGAUCGCCAGCGGGAAGUGGAUUUGCGCGAACGCCAGAGACUACGUGAACAACAAGCUCGUCGUCACGAACAAGAGUUCAGAAUGCGUGAGAACCGACCAGUAGAGAGGCUCGGCGGCAAGGGCGACAUCGUGAGGAGAGCGUCUCCGACACUUAGCUCGGCCAGGCGCGAGGCCUGA